GAAUUUCGACUGCUGGUUCCUCUUGGAUGCGGUUGAGAGGAGCCAGUUGAAACUGGUUGAAUACUGGUCAGUCAGGUCUCGCCCGCCGUCCGCCAUCACCAGACCCUUUGUCCGUUGCUCCCGGCGCCCCUUGCUCUGUCAAAAACCAUGGCAACAUGUUCAAUACAGUGGACCGACCCCCUCUCUAAGGACACCUCUGAAAUGAGGACAUUCUCCGAUCUCACUAAUAUAUGGACACUUCCCAUUGGUGUCGGGAUUAGAUCGUCACAUGACGGCCACCCACACAACAUACCUUCUUCAGAGAUCCGUCUUUCGAUCUGUGUCUCUUCAAGUCACCAGAGUCUUCCCCCUGCACACAAGAAUGUCCACUAAAGGAUAAUCAUUACACGGUCCUUCGCGUGGUAUGACGGUAUUCAUUAAAUGCUCCCGGCACUGAAAGUGAAAGAGAAACACGUCAAAAAAACAUGAAAAA